AUGUCAUCUACGGAGACCGAUAUCGGGAAGCUGCUCAAGCCUAUUCCAUCGAUCGAGUCCCUCAUCGCUCAGGGCUUCAAUGAAGACAUGGGAGACCCUAAAUACACCACUCUCCUUCCUCUGGACCCAGGCAUGCUGGAGGUAAUAUGCCGGGUAAAUCAUCCCGAUGUUCCGCUUGAGCGACUCUCCGUCGCCGAAGCGUUUCUCGAGAGACCCCUUGGCUUCGAGCAGAUUGUCACUUUUGCCAGUAGUGCCGAUCUCGAUCCAUUUCAGAUCAAGAUCACCCAGUGCGACAGCCAUUUCGAUGCUAUUAGCAGGAUGAAGCAAGCCAUCUGCUCCCUGAAUUACGUUCAUAGGUAG